CCAGCGCCCGUCGUCGCUCAUCAAAUCAAUCCAUCUUCUUUUUCAAUUUCAUCCAGCCUUGAAUUACACUCGUAUCAUUGGAUUCGUCUGCUUCUUCUGCAAGCAUAUGAACAUAUAUAUGGGGUUACCAAGAUUUAUGCGUCCAAAGGGGGGUUGUAAUAAAUCAAGUCCCAACCUUUAUGUGGCUAAUUGCGGGCCAGCUAUUGGGCUUUCAUUGGAUGCUAUUGAGUCGGUGUUUAGCACAUAUGGUGAUGUCAGGGGAGUUUAUCCAGCUGAUGAAAGUGGCACUCGUGUCAUCGUAUCUUAUCAUGAAGAGAGUUCUGCACAAUCAGCACUCGAAGCAUUGGAUGGACACUCAUGCCCUCAACUUGGAGGACGUUUUCUUCAUAUUCGCUACUCUGAACAAUCAGUUUCUAAGGUUGAAGUCAAUGACACAUUUUCUGUGUCUUUAGAAGCUUCUGAGUUGAAAAUUCCUGGUGNGGUGUUUAUUUCAUUCAUGAAUUCAUUACUGCUACAGAAGAGCAGGAACUCCUCGCAGCUAUUGAUAGCAGACCUUGGCAGAAUCUUGCGAAAAGAAGGGUUCAACAUUAUGGUUAUGAGUUUCGUUAUGAUGUAAGUUCCAACAUGAGUGAAUUGGUGGUAACCCUAGUGUGACCUUUUCCAAUUGGAUAUAGUACUCUUCUUUUUCGUUCUAGAAGUGUUUAUUCAAAUGAGUGCUAAAUGUAGAAAUCCGAAGAAAACAUCUGUUGUCGAUUUCAUGUCAGAUAAGAAAUGUUAACACAAGCCAAUACUUGGGUGAACUUCCACGAUUUGUUUCUCCAAUACUUGAAAGAAUAUCCUCCUUUCAAAAGCUGGGUUAUACAGGAAGUACUGUCUUGGACCAGUUAACGGUUAACGAAUACCCACCUGGUGUGGGUUUGUCUCCACAUAUAGAUACACAUUCUGCAUUUGAGGGAAUGAUUUUCAGUCUUUCAUUAGCAGGGCCUUGUGUAAUGGAGUUCAGAAAGUAUCCAACAGGUAAUUGGUUGAAAAACUAUGAAGGUGUAUCUGAUGGAGAGGUGCAAGACUGUAACAAGACAUCCUCUAAUUUUAUAAGGAGAGCUAUUUAUCUCCCCCCACGGUCAAUGUUACUACUAUCUGGGGAGGCACGCUAUGCGUGGCAUCAUUAUAUUCCACACCACAAGGUUGACAUAGUGAAAGACAACACAAUAAGACGGGCAUCUAGGAGAGUAUCAUUUACACUGCGCAAGGUUAGGGAAGGACCUUGCCACUGUGACUUUCCUGCAUGUUGUGAUUCCCAGAAAUGACAUGCAGCGAGAAAGGUUUACAAAACCUUUGGCAUUCUCCAAUUCAUGGUGUAGCUUCUUUGGAAAGAAUUGUGGAUGCAUGAGUUUGACUUGGCUAAGGAAGAUGUUUGGGAAGUCCAAACUUGAAUUAAAUUUAGUUUCUGUUAUUUGACAUUGAAUUUUAGCAGACUUUGGAGGACAUUUUUUAAUCUCUCAGUAUUGCAGAGCACUGAUAUAGCAAUUUGACUUUGGGAAGGUGUUGGCAGGCAAUUGAAGGAAUUUAUUUCAUGCACUUUGGAUUUUUCAUUUUUUUUAAGAUUUGGUUUUAUUGAUUGAAAUGAAACAAUGUUCUUCACUUCUUCUCAAGUAAUGUAAUACAAGCAGUAACUAUACAUGUGUAUACUAUACUCACAUUUUCCUUUAUUCUGAAUGAAUACACUUGACAACA